GAAGUGACGCACGAAGGGGGAUUUCCGGUUCCUUCCUUAGGACUCGGAGGGGGUGGGGGAGGCGGUGCUUGGAGAUCGGUUGGUCGGUCGGUCGGCGCCGGCGGCCGGGACGCGGCCAUGGAGUUCCCGGGCGGGAGCGACAACUACCUGGCCAUCACGGGCGCCACGCACCCCUUCCUGACGGGCGCCGAGACCUUCCACACGCCGAGCCUGGGCGACGAGGAGUUCGAGAUCCCGCCCAUCGCGCUGGACGCGGACCCGUCGCUGGCCGUGGCCGACGUGGUGGGGCACUUCGACGACCUGGGCGACCCCGGCGGCGCCCCUGACGCCAGCUUCUCCGCCCAGUACGGCGUGCAGGCCCUGGACAUGCCCGUGGCCAUGAGCCACGGCCUCAUGGAGCAGGGCGGCGGGCUGCUGCCCGGGGGGCUGUCCAUGGACCUGGAGCACUCCAUGGGCGCGCAGUACAACGCCAACCCGCCCGUCACCAUCGACGUGCCCAUGAACGCCAUGAGCCCGGGCAGCCUCAUGGGACACGGGCAGCUCACCACCAUCGACCAGUCGGAGCUGAGCUCCCAGCUCGGCCUCAGCCUGGGGGGCAGCGCCAUUCUGCCCCCGGCCGCUGCUCCUUCUGCCACCGCUGCUGCCGCCGCCGCCGCCGCCCCCCCGGCUGUCGCCCCCGCCACGGCGGCGUCGCCUGAGGAGCGGAUGUCCACCACGCCCUCCCCCACCAGCUCGCUGCAGGAGGAGGAAGCUGAGGAGUUCAGACGGCAGGCCCCGGCCCAGAAGGCGACGCUGGUGCUGGACGCGGGGCGGAAGCCGAAGCCUGCUAAGAAGCAGAAGAAGAAGAAGGACCCGAACGAGCCGCAGAAGCCGGUGUCGGCCUACGCGCUCUUCUUCCGUGACACGCAGGCCGCCAUUAAGGGGCAGAACCCCAACGCCACUUUUGGGGAGGUCUCCAAGAUCGUGGCGUCCAUGUGGGACAGCCUGGGCGAGGAGCAGAAGCAGGUUUACAAGCGGAAGACAGAGGCAGCCAAGAAGGAGUACCUGAAGGCAUUGGCAGCCUACCGAGCCAUCCAGGUGUGUCAGACGCUGGAAACGGAGCUGGACCCCAGCCCAACGCCACCCUCUCCUGCCUCCCAGUCCGUGCAGGCUUCUACUCCUGCUGCUUCCUUGACUGCUGCCCUGGCCCCCUCACCUGCACAGGAGACCCCGCUUACGGCCACGCCAACCGCCACCGUCUCUGGGGGCAUCUCCUCGCCAACUCCACAGCCUGCCCCAGCUGUCCCCACGCCUGCCCCCCAGACCAGCAUCACCAAGAUCAUAAUUCCCAAGCAGAUGCUGCCGUCCUCACUGGCUGUGUCCCAGGGUGGUGUGGUCACGGUCAUCCCCGCCACCGUGGUGACCUCCCGUGGGCUGCAGCUUGGCACUGGCACCACCCAGAUCGUCACUCGCUCCGUGCUGCAGGCGGCAGCUGCUGCAGCUGCGGCUGCCUCCUCCAUGCAGCUGCCCAGGCUGCAGCCCCCACCCCUGCAGCAGAUGCCCCCACCCCAGCCCCCCACACAGCAGGUGGCCAAGCUGCAGCCCCCACCACCCCUGCAGGCCAUGCAGCAGCCCCCGCUGCAGCAGAAGGUGCGGCUCAACCUACAGCAGCAGCCCCCACCGCUGCAGAUCAAGAUCCUGCCCCCACCUGCCCUGCAGAUCCAGCCGGUCACCCUGCAGGCUGAGGAGGCCAGCCCCGAGCGGCCCAGUCCUGAGCCCCAGGGUUCCCCUGAGCCCAUGGAGAUGGUUACUGCUGAUGUGGUGCCUGAGGUUGAGUCCCCAACGCAGAUGGCUGUGGAGCUGGUGACCGGGUCCCCAAUGGCCGAGUCACCGCGGCCACGCUGUGUGCGCUUGGGCUGCGAGAACCCACCUGUGGCCAGCAGCGACUGGGACAACGAGUACUGCAGCAGUGAGUGCGUCGUCAAGCACUGCCGGGAUGUUUUCCUGGCCUGGCUGGCUUCCCGCAACUCCAGCAGCAGCGGUGGCAGCGGGUCAGGGCCGGGGCCUGCACGUGGCCUCCAGCGUGAUGGGAAGCCGGACUGGAAUGCAGCAGAGGAGGGGGGAACAGGGCCUGGGGGGAGUACUGGGGCUGACUAG